GACAUCUUGGACGAGAAGGCCUACAGCAAGCAUGAGGAAUUCGCCGAGGGCAUGCCCGACGAGGCCAAUGUGUUGACCCCUGAGGAAUUGGAGAUUGAGAAGAAGUUGCGUCGAAAGAUCGACCUCUUGAUCAUGCCUCUGGUGGUUCUGGUCUACUUGAUGAACUAUAUCGAUCGCAACAACUAUGCAGCCGCUCGUCUGCAAGGUCUCGAGAGAGACCUGGGUCUGAUAGGCGAUCAGUACCAGAUUGGUCUCUCUCUUUUCUUCGUCUCGUACAUUCUGGCUCAACUUCCAUNCGAAUUUGCUGCUCAACUACUGCGGCCGUCCUUCCUGGUACCUGGGCUUCUUCAUCAUGGCUUGGGGUUUGGUAUCGGCUGUCACCAGUCAAGUCUCGAGCUUUGCUGGAAUCCUCGUUUGUCGUGUUGUGCUGGGUUUCACAGAAGCCNCCUUCUUCCCUGGUGGUACACCAAGAAAGAACUGAAUCUGAGAAUGUCCUUGUUCUAUGCCGGUUCCCUGCUCAGUGGUGCGUUCGGUAGUUUGAUCGCAGCCGGCAUCUUGAGAGGACUCGAUCAACACGAUGGUCUCAGCGCGUGGCAGUGGUUGUACAUCAUUGAAGGCGUAAUCACCAUCGGUGUCGGCGCGAUUGUCGUUUUUGUUCUCCCCGACUUCCCCGAAACCUGGAAAGCCUUGUCUCCCGAGAUGAGGCACGUCGCCACAAAGCGCCUCACCCUUGAUGCAACUGAGGCCGAUCAGGAUGAAGAGGGUGGCAUGUCGCAGCUGAAGGGUAUGAAGUUGGCUGUCGCGGAUCCCAAGACAUGGCUCCUUGCUCUGAUGUACUUGGGCGUCACUGGCGCUGCUGGUUUCCAGAACUUCUUCCCCACUCUCACAAAAUCUCUUGGUUACGGCCCCUUCGUCUCCCUGCUAUUGGUUGCACCACCAUACAUCUUCAUGGUGUUCUGGUCGCUAUUGCACUCCUGGGCGUCAGACAAGGUCUCUAACCGCUUCUGGUUCUUCGUUUACCCAAUCCCCUUAGCGAUCAUCGGCAUGGUCGUGUUCAUGACUACUAACGGAUUUGGCCCUCGCUACUUUUCGUUCUUCUUGAUGAUGUUCGUUUUCACCAUCAACGGAACAAUCUACGCCUGGAUCUCAAACGCGAUCCCCAGACCUCCUGCCAAGCGCGCUGCUGCUCUGGCCAUCAUGAACGCACUCGGAAACUCGACUUCUGUCUGGACUUCAUUCACCUACCGCCCUGGCGAUAAGCCUUACUACCGUCUCGGUCUUGGCAUUGCGGCUGGGUUGUUGGUCAUGUCGUUUGUGCUUGCUUGCGUCCUGCGAUUCUACUUGCAGAGACAGAACAAAGCACUCGAGGAGUUGGAGAAUGAAGGCACAAGCCUCUCACCGGAGCGCUUGAGCAUGUUGAUGAAGAGAGCUGAGGUUCACGAUCUGUCCGUGAUGCAGAAGGGCUUCCGUUACCUGAUUUGA